AUGGGAACUCAAGUCGAAAGUCUUCGCCCUGUAUCACAUCCAAUCAAAGAGUCACACAUACACGACGCAUUGCCUUCUCGUCCAAACCCGAUAAUUCGAAAUCCUGAUCAUCCUCAGCCACCCUCUUCCAACCCAGUUCCCAGGGGGCCGACUCUUCCACCUCGUUCCAAAGUCACCCACACUGUCAGCCCGUACUCGACAAUCCCUGAUUCCUCCAUCUACACAUCACAACCUCCCAACCUACUCAGCGCCCGAGUCCGAGCUCAAAUCCGAGCAUCUCCCAAUCCACCCGCAUACGAGCAAGCCGUCCCGUAUCAGCCUCCCAACGCUCCUGCUUCAAGUGUCCCAGCAGCACCACGCUCUCGGGAUUCUGUAGGAUCUAGAAGAACUCGUCGAUACACCAAUCUCAAUGUCAUUGCGCCAGAGAAUGCACAUAACGUAGGUUCCCCCAAUUAUGGACUCAACAUCGAAGGACGAUUCCGACAUCAGACGCCGACGCAGAUUGGUUCACAAUUGAUUCUGUUUCCUUCUGACUCUCCUCAACUUGCUUCAGGUCUCUCGUCUGUAGCUUCAGUACAUGGCCCGACUGCGCUUCCAACAGUGAUUGUGUCAUCCGAUGAAGGUCCGUCCACCUCCAUUCCGGUCACUCAUCAGUCCGAGAGGGCUUUGAUGGCGGUUCCCCAGUCCAUUCAUCCUGCUCAGACUGAGCUUUCUCCAAUCAAGACGGAAACAUGUCACCGUACUCAAAUUGAAAAAGAGUCGAUCUCAAACGAAACCACUUCGACUUAUAGCGAUGUUCCAUAUUGGCUCGAAUCUUUCAUUCAUGCUCUGACCACAAUGGCACUUCAUCUUGUCGAUCACCUUGCUAUCAUCCUCGCUGCCUUCUUACUCAUUAUCCUAGGCUUUUUUCACGUCAUCAUCUCUUCUCUCCUUCUCAUUGUAGCGAUGUUCUUAGAUAUUGCCUCAUUUCUUCUCGUGGGCAUGUUCAAUAUUCUCACUUGUCACUUCUCUUCCACACUGUAUACUUUCACUCCUUCGUUCAUCAGACACGCUUGGGGAUUCUCUAGUAAAUCUACUUGGGCGUCUACAUGUGUGGCAAGAAUCAGUGAAGCACCUUAUCAAGAACAUGAGUGGGGUAGAGAUCCGAGGAAACAAUGGAGGGACUUGGCACAUGGUAUCAGAAAAGGAAGGCGGGGAGACGCAGAGAUGGGCCACCGGCAUGAUGAGGAGAGGAAGGGGAAUCUGACGCAAAGCGGAUCCUCGACCUGUAUAUCAAACGGAAAGGGAAACUUUGAAACACAUCAAAAAUCUUGUGAAUCUUGCCCCGAGGGCCAGCGACACAGUGCAUUAGAGAACGCUUCGCACGAAACUGAGGGAUACGGCCGAAUGGGGAGAAUAAACGGAGAUGUGGAACAGCAGAGGCAGGGAGAAAUAACAGGAUCACUCCCAAUCACAACAACUUCGGCCGCUUGCGUAGACGACACACCUCUGACACCCUCUUUCUCUGACUCUUCGAGCUUACAAGUCGAAAUCAGUCCACAUGUCCAUUUCUCCAGACCAGAGGCGACCAAUCUAAUCACGCAUUCGCCACUCUUUCCUAUCACAACGAGAAGACCCACUCCUUUCGUUCGAAACGCCACACCACCUGCUCGAUACCCCACUCCCCCACCCCCUGCCCCUGCUCCUAUGUCUUCCGCACACAUGAUACUCCCCUCUGACAUCCCCCACUGUGACGGUCGGACCUCUGCGGGUGUCAAGACGGAGUACGGAUUUUUAAAUGCGAAACACCAACAACACAGCAUUCCAAGUGUCCCGAUGAAGGGAAUGGAUAUGACACACAGGUCGGUAGAUAUGAAAGAUGUGAGAGAUAUAGUCCGGACGGAGUGUGGUCCUCUUAGAUUGCGCUGA